AUGGCGUUCCCCAGCCUGAACGGCCUCCAGUUCAACAAGAAGGGGCACCUGAGACCGGUUGAGCCACACGGUGCGCCACCGGUGGCUGGGAGCUCGAAUGCAAGCAGCGACGAAGGUGACAGGGGAGCAGUAGCAGCUGCGGCGGGGGCCGAGGUAGGCACGACGCUGUUGUUCAUGCACCUGUGGAAGUGCGCCGGGUCAUCGCUGAGGCACCUGUUGAGGGACUGGGCGGAGGCUAAGGAGCAGGACAUCGGGAUCGUGGUCAGGUGCACCGACGUCGUGUCCAAGACCGGGAAAAUUUGCUUAAAGCACCACUCUCUCAUCAAUGAGAGGUUCCAAGCGCCUUUCAUUCGGCUACACCAGGUGGUCGCCGGGCACUUCACAUGGGGUUUUCAAAACCAUGUGCGGCAGCCGUACGUGAUGUUUACCACCCUGAGGAACCCUCUAGAAUUGUUCGUGUCGGGACAGCAGUACCUCAACCGCAAGGCGUCGCGACAUUUCGCUCAUGCGGUGUCUCUGGUGGAGGAUACCAUAUUACGUGCGAUCAAGCAACACCAACUGAGGGGCGAUGUAAUGGUGCCAGAGGGAAUGGGCAACACCAAGAGCGUGGGAUUCAUAUACCGCUUGGUUGACCCCGUCCAAGCAAAUUCGACCCAAGAGGGGUUGGUUGGAGGAAAGACACUAUCCGCGGGUGCACAAGAGGCGAAGGACAACCUCGACACCUUCUGGCUCGUGGGAGUGAUCGAGCAGUACCAAGGGUUCAUGGCGGUCCUACAGGCCAUGAUGGACCCAAACAAGAGCGAGCGCGACAUGUGGAAGAGGUACGCAGUGGGAAAGUACAACACGUCUCCUCAGGGGGCAGGGAAAGUGCUGGCAGCAAUCGACCCGGCCCUCGUGCAAGAGUUCAAUGAAACCUUGAGCCACCAGUGGGAGGUCUACAGCUACGCUGUCGAUUUGUACAAGCACCGGUGUCACCAGAUGCUUCACACCAGAGACUUGGACAUGUGCGAGGUUCCUGUCGCGCCUUCCCAGUACACCCUCACCGAGCUUGAGCGAGAAUCACUUUACCAGGAGAUGCACCCGGAGGAGGUCAGUUUCAACGCCACCGAAAUGGUUCGCGCCCAACAUCUCUGGGACGAAUUCAGGGGCGAGGGGUCGACGAUUAGAAACCCCCGUGAGGCGGAGGCGUUGGCCUUCUUCGAGCUACACGGGUUCGAUUUCACAGACCCGGAAAAGAGGGACAAUUUCGUGUCGAGGCUCCGGAUUGGGAUGCCGACUUUAGCGCUGGGAGAGGACGUUUUCGGCUCGGAUGAUCGCACGCCUGAAGAGAUCGCGGCGGCAGCAGCGACGGAAGAACAGGGGGGCGAGGACGUCAAGAUUGGAGGCAAUGUAGAAACGGAUAGGGGAGCCGGUGCUGUCAUGGUGGAUGCAGUAGCAGGAGGUGAACUGAAGCGAGAAGAGCAGAAAAAGGAGGGAAGGGAAGACCCCAACAAGUUGGACCAAAAAGCAGCCGGUGUUACGGAAUCCAAGACGAUGAACAGGUGAGCCCCUCCGAGGUUCGGAAGACUUCAGAGAAGUCGGAGAGGGCGGCCGCCACGUGAAGAUCACCGUUUCGA